AUGGGGGAGUAUAAUAGAAUAUCAUUUCGUUCUAAUGGAGGCAAUGUGGAUAGUUUUAUACAGAAGAUUGACUUUAAAAAAGAUUGUCCAAAUAACGAAUGUAAGACGGAUCUACGACUUACAGCUAAGGCUGACUAUGGCACAUCCAAAGACUAUUUCAUUAUCGGCGCAUCCACAUUGACUAUAGAUGUUAGCAUCUUGAAAGAAGAAGACCCUAGUUACAGCUCCAACUUCUUUAUAGCAUUUCCGAAUACUCUUCAAUACCAGAAGGUUACCAAGGUGUAUGGGGACUCGGAGAUCAAUUGUGGUUUUGUUAAUUUUGGAACUGACGAUUCUGACGAAGAAGAUAUGGAAUCUCUCGACUAUUUACAAAGAAGAAAUAUCCCAAAAAUAUCAGAAAACGAAUUAUUACUGGCGUGUUCAUUCGGGAAUCCAAUGUAUGCUAACACUGGAGUAAGGUUUCGGUUAAGUAUGUUUGUACCGGAUUCCAUCAACAACACUAAGUUGGAGUUUAAACUUAAUGCUACCACUUUAAGUACGGAAUUAGUACCAGCAGAUAACGUGAAAACUAUCAAUGUACAAGUUAGAAAUCAGGUGGCAACCACCUUUACUGGGAUAUCAAAACCUAUAUCCCUUACAGUAAGAGACAAGGAUAAGAAAUAUCUGACAUCUCACACGUACGAGUUACGAAAUAAAGGACCAAGUCUUCUACCCACAUCCACACUCCUGGUAUUAUACCCGCAAAUCCAACAGGGCGGCUCACCUCUCCUUUACCUCAAUACUACCAGUUGGAGCUGCCCACCACCGUGUAGAGUGUUUUGUUCUUUCCCAGACACGGCCGACACGGCCCCUGUCGUACAUGCCGCUAGUAUGGGACCUACAUAUCUUCAUGUCGAUACGCCUGGAGAAAAUGAUGAGAAUAUUGGGGAGUCUAAAAGUAUUGCUGACAUGAAAAACAUUGAUUGUGCAAAGGGAGGCUGUUCAAGAUAUGAAUGUAAACUCUAUGACAUUCCACCUAGAGAGAGUGCUGUGGUCACGUUAGAAUAUGUUGCCUCGGGAGAUAUAUUGGAUAAAGUAUCGGAUGGCGGUGCCAUAAAGAUUAGAUCAGAAGCUUAUGUUAGACUCUUGGAUCUCAGUCGGUUGAUUACUGAUGCGUCCGAACAAUCUGAAUCGGUAUACUCAGAUCUGCUUCCGGUGUCGCCGCCCCCUCAACGUCUACCAUGGUGGAUAAUUUUGCUCAGCGUACUGGGUGGACUUCUUUUUAUUGUGCUUAUCGUAUUAAUUCUAUGGAAGUGUGGAUUUUUCAAACGAAAGCAAAAGGAAGAGAUGGAAAGAAUGCAACAUGCAGGUGAGGUGGAGAAGACAAAAAUGCUUGGUGACGAGCCCGAAAAUGGGUAUUAAGACUAUAAAUAGACACCAAUAAACAUCACGAUUAUAAAUAACUAUCAAUGACGAUAAAGUUAAUUAAAGACAGAUACCAGGUCUAUAAAAAGAAACAAGUAAAGAAGUGUAAAGAACAGCAAUAAGUCCAAAGAAGAAAUUAUGAUACGAGAAAAGCAAUUUAAAUCAUUUACCAAUUAGCAUAGUUGCACGUGAAAUUAAUCGGUUUUUCAAGUAAAGAAGAAGUGUACUUUCAUCAUUGUUUGAUGAAUAUAAUUGUAUUCUAUAAAUAGUCACUACAAUUACAAUACAUGAACAAAUGGGAGUGACUUGUAUUUCUACGUUUUCUAAAAUGUUCGUGUUAGCACAAUUAUUAUCAAUUUACAAUUGAAUGUGCAAAGAAACUCUUAAAAGAUGAAAGCAGAUCGGAUGAAUGCAGUAACAUGACCAUCAAGGACUUUUGCCGAGCUGUUUAUAUAAAAUUAUUAGUAUAAGGAUUAACAUUGUAACACAAAUUCAUUAUGAAUUAAUUAACAUGGUAGGGUCAUACAAAGGCAUAUCUUUUAGUUGCUAUCAUCUCAUUGUUUUUGUUUCAAUAAUGGCCUGGAUGUAUCCUUGAAUAUAUACAUCCUUGAAUACUUGUAGACCUCAUAGUGAAGAAUAAUAUAUUUUAAACAUAUCAUUGAAAUGUAUUGUAUGAUCUAGGUUGUAUGAAAAUUAAUAGUUUAUAAAUAAUAUAUAUUUUUAGACAUAGAAGUAGUACGAGGGUUGUUCUAGUACAUAAACACCCUUAGUUUAUAUAUCAUGUAAAGCAACUUUUAGUGUCAAAAUAUAGACCUUUUUAAAAUACGCUAAUUCCAUUGCAACGGGAGAGAUAUUUCAUAUCUCUACAUAAGACAAAAGCAAAAUAAAUGUUAAGUAUUAAACUAUUAUUGAACCAUACUGAUCUAAAUUAAAAUCAAAAAAUGCAUUUCCAGUAAAGGAGCUAUGAAGAAAGUGAUGCAAAAUGUGGGAAGUAAAUAAAAGCUCGUAUAAACUCGAUAAAGUUCGUGUGAAUUCGUUUUAGCUGGUGCACUUUAUACACAUCCAUUUCCACUCAAAUAUACGUGUAACAUUUUUGGUGUUCCUGAUCAUGGCAACGCGUACUUUAAUUUUACAACACAUGGGUAGUAGUUUGUGCAAGCUUUGAUGGAAGAAUGACCUAUGUUAGUUAUGGAAAGGUCAAGUUUUAGGUUGAUCAAUGGAGUGAAUGUUCAUAGUAACUUAAUAGAAUUAUAUCUUAUAAUUAAUAAAACUGAAUAUACUGCAUAAUACUGGUAUUAUUAACUUAACACAUUCAUAUUUCAGAAAUCAGAAAAUUAUCGUUUUUUCAAAUAGGUGUUACCGUUAUUGAUUUUGGGGGGUCGUGGCGCGAUGGUUUCUAUCGUGGCGCACACCUAUUCAGUAUUGCAUUUUUGUCGAAAUUCUUUGUCAUCGUGCUUUUUAAAUAAAAUCCCUAAUGUGGCGUAUACCUUUUGCAUUUUGUCGACUUUCUUAAGAUAUAUUUUAUCUCAUCGUAAGUUAGAUUUGAUUUAUUUAUAAUUGUGUGUGGCCGUGGGUCUAAUUUUUUAAAACCCUUUCAUUAUCAUAUAACUGAAGAAAAAAGGAGAAACUAUGAGAGGGCUAGAAAAUGUAUGUGAUUUGUUUGUAUAUACCGAGCCAAUAAUCAUGAGUCAUAUUUAAGACUUUAAUAUACACGUUCAUUGCCAAUAAUAUACAUGUUAAAUUGCGACAUGUUGAAUAUUAUCAAUAUUAUAUUGUACAGAUGUUCUCGUAUAUGUCUAGCUUAAAGCUUUUUUAUUAUACAUGUAUAUGUUUUGCUACCAUUUCAUAUUUACAUACCAUAUUUAUCAUUAUAAGAUCAGCAUAAUUAUAUUUGUACCAUUUCACAAUAAAUUAUAUAAAAUACUCUA